AUGACAGGACAAGGCUCUUCUUGUGGUGCAUGCAAGUUCCUAAGAAGAAGGUGCAUGAUGAAGGAAUGCGUUUUUGCACCUUACUUCAGUUAUGACCAAGCUGCAACCCACUUUGCAGCAGUGCACAAGGUGUUUGGUGCCAGCAAUGUUUCAAAGCUAUUGCUUCACUUGCCUGUAAACUAUCGAGGAGAUGCUGCAGUCACGAUUGCUUAUGAGGCCUUAGCUCGCAUGGGGGAUCCAAUCUAUGGUUGUGUUGCUUACAUCAUGACCCUCCAACACCAGGUUUCCAGCUUACAACAGGAAAUCGAUAUUCUUAGCCACCAAAUGGCUUUGAACUCUGUCCUUGGGCUUGCUGGCAGCUCUGGUAGUUUACGUGCAAGUUCUUCUGCCUCAAACUGUGAGACACAGCUUUCUGCAUAUCCGGAUCCUAUCAACACACAGUGCCAUCAGAAUCAAGGAAAUACAAUCGCUAGAAACCAAGAUUUUGAUAGCAAGAUGACCGCAGAGCUUGCCACUGUGUAUGGAUGGGAAGAUCAGAGCCUAUUCUGCAACUCUCCCCCAUACAGCUUAGACGAACUCCUUAAAGGAGUCGACACCGAGAUGUUUCCAUGUUGGCCUGACAGCAGAAACAAUGGCAACUAA